CAAUGAGGCUAGUGCGUCAGCGUCGGACCCAAUGCGAAACAUUGAGAUGUCGAUCCUCUCUUUUGUUUGCAAAAACGGCAUUCAAUUUUUCCAUAGUAUGCGCAAAAUCGUUGAUAAGGAAUUCGGAUCAGAAAGUCAUCUUUCCGUGAAUGGUUACCUAAUUAUUUUUGACAGCUUGGCUUCGUGUACUCCUACGUGUUACAAAUUAAAUGUGGUGUAUGACAUUCCGAAUCGGUACCUUUUGAACUGGAUUCGCAUCUGUCACCUUCAUGGUCACUACGGUGAGAUUCUUAAUCGGCACGCCAACGCGAAACACCUUAAUAAGGAAAUGCCUGGUGAUCCGGCAUCCCUUUGGGUUCUUGAGCACCCCCUCAAAAGUGGUGUAGCCAAGUUUGACUUUUCCGACCUACGAAUAUCGCCGAGAGUAAUACCGAGAAUAGUUAAAAGAUCGUCAAGUCGUAACAAGUUUCGACCCGGUUCUCAGCAAGCUUGA